AAAGCUGCGCGCGAUGGACGGCUACGUGAGCUUUGCAAACGUGGAGGGGCUGGGGCUGCCACCGGGCAUGGAUGGAGAUGAGGAGGGCGAGGGCGAGGAGGGUGGCUCGAGAAGCGGGAUCCGUGGCUGGUGGAAGGCGGCGUUCAGUGCGCGGUCGAGGAGCGGGAGCGCAGGUGCCAGCGCGGGCGCGAUGCCGUCCAGACGAGACGCGUAGGUCGCGGCGUCGCCUCGGUUUCUGCCUUUUCCUUCUUCUCCUCAUCAUGUCUUUCCUUGUUGUUGUCGCACUUGCAUCGGAUCUUUCACCUCACGCACACUCGCCCGCACUCUCCUUGUUCGAUCCUCAUUUCUCUCUCUCUCUCUCGGCCGCGCGCGGUCAUCAUGCUCGCUCUCAUCUGGACGGAAUCUAUUCGCCUAUCCAUCCCGCAUUUCUUUUUUUGGGUUAUACUCUCGGCAAACGCGACGCUCGCCCUCUGCGGCUUGAGCGUCUGCGCGUACUCUGCCCCGUCCCGUCCUGCUCCGCGAUCUCUCGACGCCGUCUGCCCUAUAUCGCACACCCUCGACGCCGCGGCGAACGGACGGAUCCUAUGCUCCCACGCACGCUAUUACGCACGCUUUUACGCCGACACACCCCGCACCACGCUCACGACUGUAUGACACUGGAUGUUGAUUUUUUUUUCUGUCUCCCCACCCUUCUAUUACGAUGCGAUGCCAUGGGCUGCGGACGCGCGCAGAUCGGAUGUUGGGCGGCCUUGGGGCGAGCACGACGCGUGCGCAGCGCACCCGUCGUGCCCUCUGGGUCCAGCCCUCCUGGUCUCGCGCUCCUGCACCGCCUGCUUGCUGCUGUUACUCCUACGGCGGCUGGCUGGCUGGCUGGGCGAAAGGCGGACACGCGCGUACGAAUACGAACACAUAUGUUUUUUUUUUACGGUUUACGGUUAACGCGGUAUACGAUAUAUACGAUAGAGGCCUCGGGCUACGUCGGUCGCGCGUUCAUGACGGUGUGUGUGUGUACUGUAGACUGUUUGGUGCGCGUAUGCGUGUUGAUACAUGCGUGUGUGGUGACAUUAC